GUGCCGGCGCUGCGCUGCCGCCGAGCCCAGUGGGACCGGAGCCGGGGCCGAGCGGAGCCGAACGGGCUCCCACUGCCCGCAGCAGCCCAGUGCCUCUUCCCCACGCUGCUGUGGCCCCAUGGAGCCAGUGCUGGCAGAGGAGCCUCCUCGAGGUGCUCAGCUGAGCCCAGUGCAGGAGCACUAGUGGGCUGUGGACUGUGGUGUGUGUCACCCUAGGAGGGACAAUGGCUCAGGGCUCAGGGAGCAUCAACAGCGACUACAAGGACUGGGAGUGGAGCGCUGACGCCGGGGAACGGGCCAGGCUUCUGCAGAGCCCCAGUGUGGAGACGCUGCCAAAGAGUGGGGAGAGCCAAGGGAAUGGUCUGGGGGCCACGUCAGCUUUGGGAGCUGUCUUCAUCGUGGUCAACGCUGCCCUCGGGGCCGGGCUGCUCAACUUCCCCGCUGCCUUCAGCAUGGCCGGCGGCGUGGCCGUGGGAAUCACGCUGCAGAUGUGCAUGUUGAUCUUCAUCAUUGGAGGCUUGGUCAUCCUGGCAUACUGCUCACAGGCCAGCAACGAGCGGACCUACCAGGAGGUGGUGUGGGCUGUGUGUGGGAAGGUGCCCGGGGUGCUGUGUGAGGUGGCCAUCGCCAUCUACACCUUCGGAACCUGCAUCGCCUUCCUCAUCAUCAUCGGAGACCAGGAGGACAAGAUCAUUGCUGCUCUGGUGACGGAGCCUGAGGAAUCUGGGAGCAGCCGCUGGUACACGGACCGCAAGUUCACCAUCAGCAUCACUGCCUUCCUCCUGAUCCUGCCCCUCUCCAUCCCCAAGGAGAUCGGCUUCCAAAAAUAUGCCAGCUCCCUAAGUGUGAUUGGCACCUGGUAUGUCACAGCAGUCAUUAUCAUCAAGUACAUUUGGCCUGACAAGGAGCUGGUGCCUGUGGAGAUCCCCACCAGCCCCUCCACCUGGACAGCUGUCUUCAAUGCUGUGCCCACCAUCUGCUUUGGCUUCCAGUGCCACGUCAGCAGUGUGCCCGUCUUCAACAGCAUGAAGCAGCCAGAGGUGAAGACCUGGGGGGCUGUGGUGACAGUGGCCAUGGUGAUCGCUCUCUUCGUCUACACAGGCACUGGUGUCUGUGGCUUCCUGACCUUUGGGGCUGGUGUGGAGCAGGACAUCUUGCUGUCCUACCCCUCCAAUGACAUCCCUGUUGCCCUUGCCCGGGCCUUCAUCAUCCUCUGCGUGCUGACCUCCUACCCCAUCCUCCACUUCUGUGGCCGGGCUGUCCUGGAGGGUCUCUGGCUCCGUUACACCGGGGUGACAGUGGAGGAGGACGUGGUUCGGGAACGGAGGAGGCGCCUGCUUCAGACCAUCAGCUGGUUCCUCCUCACCCUCCUCCUGGCCCUCUUCAUCCCUGACAUUGGCAAAGUCAUCUCUGUCAUUGGGGGCUUGGCUGCCUGCUUCAUCUUUGUCUUCCCAGGGCUCUGCCUGAUUCAAGCCAAGCUCUCUGAAAUCCAAGAAACCAGGGCAAUCAGCUGGUGGGCCCAGGUCAGCUAUGGGGUGUUCAUGGUCACCCUUGGAGCCUUCAUCUUCGGCCAGACGACUGCCAAUGCCAUCUUCAUGGACCUCACAGCCUGACUUCCCCCGUGGGCUGGACCACACUGCUGCUGUGGGGAUGUAGAUUUCCCCUAGGACCAAAGGGAAGGGGGGAGAAACCACGUUGGGAAGAUCCAGAAGGAGUGUUGCCAUCCAGGGCUUGGCAGAAGGAGCUCUCUGGGGGUUUGAAUCUCGUUGUCUUAACGCACCAGGCAGUCAGGCUUCUGCCCUCAGCCCUGACUCCCUGGUGAGCAUCACUACAAAAGGACCUGGAGUCCAGGUCAAGCCCUUUCUGUCCCUCCAGCAUGGACAUCCC